AUGACGAAUGAUAUUGAGAAAGCGGCGCCAGCCAAUGAUGCCGAAUCAUCACCCUCGGUAUCUUCAACAACAUCGUCGCCCAUCUUAGAACCUAUCAGAACCAUCCAGGAGCCUGACGUCUUUGAGGCGUUAGAGCACGCUCUGACGCCAGAUGUCGAGACAGCGGCGGAACGCGAAGCUCGUGAGCCCAUCACUUACACUCGGACUGGUACCAGCAUAGCCAGCGCCGCUUCUAGGCCUCCCGACUUUGAGGUUUUCUUCCAAGACGGAGAUUUAGACAACCCUAGGAACUGGUCUAAAGGUUAUCGCGCAUGGAUCAUUGUUUGUGUCUCGUAUUCCACAUGGGUUGUGGUCUUAUACAGCACAUGCUAUACUGCAUCGAUAGCUGGCCUGGCAGAAGAGUUUGGAGCAUCUUCUACAGUGACGACACUCGGACUGACGACGUAUCUGCUUGGUCUUGCUGCGGGAAGUCUCAUCGUUGCACCUCUGAGUGAGCUGUAUGGUCGACAGAAAGUAUACAUCGUCUGUCUGACUGUUUGGGCUUUGUUGAUAUUGCCUUGUGCUCUGGCGACUUCGAUAACGGAGAUUGUUGUUGUGCGCUUCUUUGGGGCCGUCUUCGGUGCUGCUAUGAUAUCAAACAGCCCUGGAACCAUCGUUGAUAUCUCGGACCCAGACUAUCUUGCUGCUGCUAUGUCAAUGUGGUCGAUCGCACCUCUCAAUGGACCCUCCACUGGGCCCAUCAUUGGAGGCUUUGUGUAUCAGUACCUGGGAUGGCGAUGGGAUAAUUGGAUUCCUUUGAUGCUCGGAGGUGCUGGAAUUCUUAUGAUGCUCACAGUGAAGGAGACUUACCACCCAGCUAUCUUGAAACAAAAGGCCGCGCGCUUGCGCAAGGAACAUGACGACCCGCGGUAUUGGUGCCAAUAUGAUCAGAAGGUAUCAACUCGACAUUUGAUCAAGGUCAAUAUGAGCAGACCCUUUACGUUAUUAGCAACUGAACCUAUUCUGUGGUUCAUGGAUAUCUGGAUAUCGCUGAUCUACGCCAUUCUUUAUCUUUGUUUCGUGGCAUAUCCAAUUGUGUUCUCACAGCACCGAGGCUGGAGUGCAGGCAUAUCAGGCCUAUCUUUCGUCGGCAUUGGUAUAGGAACUAUGCUUGCCAUCUUUGCAGAGCCCCUUUUCCGUCGUUUGAUCAAUUCUCAACCUCGGGACCCAGUAACUGGCAAACCUCAGCCAGAGGCGACAGCGUUGGUUAUGGGCAUUGGUGCAAUCCUGACACCCAUUGGCCAACUCGUUUUUUCGUGGACAUGCCUCCCAGCGACUAUUCAUUGGGCUAUUCCGAUCGCGUUCGGCAUUCCGUUUGGUGCAGGAAAUACUAUCAGCUUUAUCUAUGGCUCGAAUUAUCUGGCUGGGGCAUACUCCAUCUAUGCUGCCAGCGCGCUCGCUGGGAAUGCUGUAAUCCGAAGCAUUGCUGGAGGUGUUUUGCCCUUGGCUGGUCCCAAGAUGUACGCAGCCAUGACUCCUCAAUGGGCCGGCACUCUCCUGGGUCUUCUCGAAGUGGCCAUGAUCCCCAUCCCGUUUGUGUUCUGGCGAUACGGAGCCAAGAUUAGGGCUAAGAGUCCAGCUAUCAGAGCAUUGCGGGAGGAACAAGACAGGCUUGAUCUCAAGAGAGCCAAGUAUCAGAAGAAGCUUGAGAGGAAGCAGCGGCGAGAUGCAGAAGGUGAAAAGACCGACGAGGGGGCAUUGAACAAGACAGCGGGUGAUUGA